AUGGCAGUGAUCCCGAAGGCCGGCGAGGUGUUCCACGGCGAUGAUGGCACCGUCUCUGUCGUCCUCCCCGACGCGUGCGACCCAAACUGCGAUCCGACACAAGAGGAGCUCGAGGAGUACGCGGAAUGGCUCGGCAUUGACGUGGAGAAGGAGCCGCAGCUGCUGUGGAUCGCGUCCGAGGGGCUGCGCACUCCGCUGCCGACGGAGUGGAAGGCGUGCCGCACCGGCGACGGCGAGGUCUACUACUUCAACUUCCUCACCGGCGACAGCAGCUGGGAUCACCCGCUGGACGAUGUCUUCAAAAAGAAGGUCGAGGAGGAGCGCGCCAAGCCGAACGGCGGCAAAGGUGGUGAUGGCAAAUCCAAGAAAAACUCCAAGUCACCAGGCAGAGGAGCUACGGAGCCGCGGCGCCUCGAGAAGGGUGCCGCUGGCCACGUGGAGUCGCCUAAACAGCAGAGGAGGGGCGCCCAGGGCACUGCAACAGCAACGCACUCAACGAUGCCCAUCGGCACCACGACGGGGGCGCCCGCGCCGACGAUGCGCUUCGG